CAUGGCGUCUGUUCCUUCCAUUUGUAGGAAGGGGGGUCGAGUUGGGCUCAACAUGAACCUGCCGUUCUGACACUCCGGGCUGGGACAAGCAGGCAGCAGCCGGCCGGCCGCCCCCUGAGCAGCAGUCGCACAGGGGAACCUGCCUGGAGCGCUUUGAACCCCAGCAACAAGUUUUGACCUGGGUGCUGAGGCGCUCAUGGCUGUCGCUUACGGUGCUGUUAACCAGCCGGGCCUGCUUUCCCAGCAGUACCCCCCUCCCCUGCUUCCCAAGCCCGGAAAGGACAAUGUUAGACUCCAGAAGCUCCUCAAGAGAACCGCCAAGAAAAAGGCUUCCGCUCAAGCAUCGCAGUCCGCCGCGCCCUUCCGCUCCAGCCUUUCCCCUGUGAACGAAGCAAGCCCUGACCUCGAGCACAGCGACCACUCGACGCCUCCCAAGACUCCAGAGACACCGUUCAGCCUCUCAGGCAUCCAUCAGGCUCCACGGUUCACCGUCAGGCCGCUGUAUCAACAUGUGGCCUCUCCUUACCCACAGCGUGCAUCUUAUGGCAGAGCAGCAAGGUUCUCACCUCAGACAGUGGCCAUGCCGUCGUACUCUUACUCGCAGCAUGUUACCACAGUUUCUUCAUAUUCUGCAACGGCCCACCUCACUGGAGUCUCACCAGCUUCAGGCGCCCAGCUGGCUGUACCCAAAAUACCUCAGCCAGCUGUGUCUGCGCCUGAGGCAACAGCAGCAGCUGCUGAAGUGAGAAAACCAGCUGAAACUCAUGCCGGUUUCAGACCUGCUGCAGCUGAAGCGACCCCACAGCCAAAACACAGUGUAGGUCCGACUCCUUACCAACUAACAGGGGGCCAAGCUGUGUAUCGUCCUCUCACUGUGUUGACCCCGCUAGUCAAAUCCAAAAGUCCACGUCCAACAUUCAAAGCAACCGAACCUUCAAGAUCACCCAAACCGAUGUUUGAUGUUCCUCAAAUUAGGAUGUACACGGCGAGCACAUCAUACUACGAGACAUCCAGGACCCCACCGGUGUACGACUCAGCUGGAUUAACUUCUAUUGGCAGUACAGUGUCUUCAAGUAAAGCACCGACAGAAAUGAAACAAGAUCUGAUACAGCCUCCUUUGUUGGGCACAGAGCCGCUGAGAAGGACACCGACUUUUGAAACCAAAAGAGGCACAACACCAACCACAGAGAUGAGUACAAUGACAACCCCGACAUCUGAAAUCAAAAGAGCAACCCCGACAUCUGAAAUCAAAAGAGCAACCCCGACAUCUGAAGUCAAAAGAGCAACCCCGACAUCUGAAGUCAAAAGAGCAACCCCGACAUCUGAAGUCAAAAGAGCAACCCCGACAUCUGAAGUCAAAAGAGCAACCCCAACAUCUGAAGUCAGAGUCAAAACGCCAACAAUUGAGUUCCAGUCUUCAAGAAUUUCAGCAGGUCGGCCCAGAACCCCGGCGUACCAUAAGACACGGGCGGCAACACCUGUAUUUGAAAUCUCAAGACCCAAUCCUCUCUUGUUUGCAGUGUCGCCGAUCACAGUGGAGCCAGAGAGGUCGAGAUCACCCAAACCAGCGUCUGCUCCGAGCGGCUCAUCUGCUUCCCAAAGCGUGAAGACGACUGCACCGGCAGAAAUGAUACCGAAUGGGGACAUUCAUUCAGAUGUGACGACUGCAGCCAAACCAAUCCAGCAAAGUAUUGCGAAGUCAAAGUCAGAGCCUGAUCUGAGAGAAAAGAUCCAGACUACAUCAGCGCCGACUGGCCAUCAGAGGCCCAAGACUCCAACUUAUGAGGCCUCCCGACUUUUGUCCUCAUCACCUGGAUAUAAAAGACCAAAGACUCCCACAUAUGGGACAUCACCUUCUGGUGUUUCACCUGUAGCCUUCCAGAGACCGAAAACUCCAACACAGGUGGCUCAAAAAUCAAAGUCUGGCUAUCGUGGACUGACACCGGCUGAGUAUGCAGCUUACGGAGGAAUCAAAACGUUUGCUCCAGCGUUCGGUAUCUCGAGUUCUCAGAUUCAAACUGAAGAGGAGGUUAAAGCUUCAAAAGACGAGUCAGCAGAGUGUAAAACACCGAGCCAAGAACCAACUGUGAGACAAUCACCAGCCGAGGUGACUAAAGCUAAAGAAACCCCCAAAGAUGCCCCCACCCAGUCCAUCCCUACUAUUAUUGUUUCACAAGCAUCAGACACCUCAGGAACAAAAACACCAGAGACAAGCACAGUAUCCAGUCAUGUUGCAGUGAAACAAGACAAAACUGUGAUUCAGGAGACACCAAAGGCUAAACCUCCAGCAGUCGUGGGGAAAAUUCUGGGGAAGCCAAAGGUGGAAACACCAAUUCAAGAAGUGUCCAAACCAAAGACAACAACUCCUGCAGCCAAACAGCCUCUGCCCAAAGGUGACGACCAGGAUCCGCUGAAGGCAGUAAGAAAACUCUUGGGCAAAGAUAAAGUCCAGACUGUCGAGCAGAAGAUAGAAACUGAACCAAAAGCAGCCGUUUCAGAUCAAAAAGCGCCAGUGAAACCUGAAGCUGCAACCAAGGCUAAAGCUGAAGUCUCAAAGCCGAGCGCUGCAGCACCUGCCGACUCAACAGGAAGUGAAGACAAGACAAAGGACAAGAAAGAAGAAUCGGCAGUUAAAUCUACACCCGAGAAACAGGAGGAUGAAUCCCUACCCGCAGCCGAACCCCUCCUUAAAGCCUUUCAAAAGCCGAAGGGGAUGAAAUCUAAAAUGAGCGGUUGGUCCCGACUCAAGAAGCACAUGGUGGUGGAGCAGGAGGAGCCCAAAUUUCCAGAGGUAUCGGCAACCGAGCAGGACCAGAAGAGCACAGAGAAAAAGGGAGACGAGGCGGCCGGCGAGAAGGUCGGCGAGAAGGUCGGCGAGAAGGUCGGCGAGAAGGCCGACGCUCAGCUCGAGAACCAAAGCCAAGACGCUCCCAAGGCAACGAAGAUGUGGGACGCCGUCCUCUUCCAAAUGUUUUCCACCAAAGAGAACAUCAUGCACCAGAUCGAGUUAAGCAAAAGCGAGGAGGAGAAGGGAACUGAGAAGGAGACGCAGGACGAGCUGACAGAUAUACCUUCAUUUGCGUACCGGCUGCCUGUGCUGCUGUUUAGUCCAAAGUUUGACGCGAAAAAGCUUAAAGAGGCAGCUUCGAGGCCGGUGACGAAAAUCUCAACAGUUUUUGAAAUGGGUCUGAUUGGGCGGAAAGGCAAAGACGAGGAACCAAAAGACUUUAACAGAAAGGCACGGGGGUUCACCGCUACUUAAGCUAAUAUACAUAUAAAUAUAUAAAUAUAAUAUAAUAUAAAUCGCCAAGACGAAAAUGUAAAGAAAAAAAAGUUGUGUUAAUGUUUAAUGUACAGGUGCAGACGUGUUAGCAACAGGAGUAAUGUACAGGUCAGGAGUCAAAGUCUCUGUUGAUCAAAUGUAGUUUGUGUUAGAAAACCCGGUUUGAACUUUAUAUACUUGACAAAUGCUUUGUGGUGCAUUCGUGUGACUGGUUGUCUGGACGUUAAAUGUUUGUGGAUUAGCUGGACAGAGAGCUGCAUUUGUCUUAAAGUCAUUCAGACGCCACUUCAGAUUAAAAGCGUUUUUGUUUUAAGUAAUUUCAGAGCUUCUCGUUUGUUUUUCUUUCAUCACAUGUUCACGAUGGAUAUAAUUUGUAGAGGUAGAAGUUUCGGGUCGGACGGAUUUAGUUAUUUAUUUUGAAAAAGUUAAAUUAAAUAAUCUGUAUUUUUUUAGACAGAGAAAAUGAUUUUAAGACAAAUCAUUUGUGAUUUAAAUAUCCAGUUUUAUUCAAAAUGGUGCUACUUGCCUCAGGGUAAGACCUCUCACUAGAUAAUGGAUGCGUCUUCUUUAGGCCGUAGCUGGUUAGGUUUUUGUGAUUGAACUUUCUUAAAGUCACAAUGAAACAACAUUUUCCAAAGCGUCUUCAUUUCACCUCCUUUCUGUUCAAACAGGAAGCGUAACGAGACGGAUCAGUCGAAGGAAAACACCAGUCGGAUGUCAGAGACGUUGGAUAGCAGCGGGACAGACGAGGGAGAUCAGGGAAUUUUAUUUAUCGUUUGAUCGAAAUAGUGACGAGCGACUGCAAAUUAAUGAAUAAAUCUACAGUUUAUGAGCGUUUCAGUCAGUUUGAUCACUACCUCACUGAAAAGAUAGUAAAAACUAGAAAGCAUCAAAUUAUAACAAGCUUCAUGUUUCAAAAACCCAAAAGUUUUACUUCAGUAUUAAAAUUAUAUUAAUUACACGUAUUUAUAAAACUGAAUACUCUGGAUCCGAUAUUCAGCAUUUUUCUGAUUAUCAUAAUGUUACUGUAUGAUGUGAUAAAAAAAAUUACAAUAUUUUAUCUUAUCAAAAUAUCAAGAUAUAUAUAUAUAUAUAUAUAUUUUGUGUGUUAUGAUAUUUAGGCCUUUUUGCCCUCAUGUCUCUAUUUUAAUAAUACAUUGAACUCUAAGCUGCUGACAAAAUGACUUCAUUGUGACUUGAAGAUGGCCGCUGAGAUUAAAGCUUCUGUAAGUUGAUGGAGACGAGCGAUGAAGAGCGGCCUCCGCCAUGAUGGAGGCCGGUGGGGUCGAAGGUCUGGAGACACGGACGGGUUUGAACUUCUUUCUUCUAGUUUUACUUUUGUUUUUGUUUUUUUCUAUUGUUGUUUCUAAGUCGUUUGUAACGUGUGUGCUGGAGUUACAGAUUCAAGUUUGGAAAACACGUCAACAUAAGCGGGAAGAUUUCCUGUGAACCUGAGGACACUUUCAAAAUAAAUGUGCAGAGUUUCCUUCAAUCACUUGUUUUUUUUGUUUUUGUUUCCUGUUUCAACACGAAGCAGCAGGUAAAAGAUGUUUCAGCUCCUGAGGGGAAAGUUCUGGAAGAAAACGAUCUGUGUGACUCUUCAUAAUAAUUAAACGUCAGAUUAAUGGAUCUGGACUGUGGACUGAAAAUCACAUAGUAGAUUAUUGGAUUGGGGUUGAUCCAGUCUGAAGAAAAACAUUAUGAAAACUGGCUUUAGUAUCUAAAUUUUGGAUUAAUCUGACGAACAAACAAUUUAACACUGACGAUUUAAAAAAGAAAAUAAAGACGUAAAGUCGA